ACAACCCGAUAACACGGACCAACUAGCUAGAAAAUGUAUCCAACAUAUAAACUCAUAAUAGUUUUCCAAUUUUUUCCAAUUUUUCAAAACUGUUUCGGAAAGUCCUUACUGCAACAAAGCCUCCCAAUAAUAUGGGUCGAAUCUGUGACCACCCUAAAAUCUGGCGAUAUUGUGGAAACAUUAAUUUUCGAGUUUUCCAGCCCUUGUCUACAAAUCGAGUAUUCUUCCAAAAAUGUGUCCUGGUGUGACUCCGAGCUCGACAAGAACGUGCUCCUCCCAUUGUUAGACUUGUGUCACACAACUAUCGGCCAAAAAGUGGACGUUACGGCGGAUCAUGAAGUCGUAAUUGGUGGCGUAUUCUCCUCAACAUUUGGCAUUUCGUCAGAGAGGAAAAGCCACUCCCAGUAUGCCAAACUGUUGACCACGUUUCAUAAAUUAUCAGCUCAAAUCGAACAAAUCUCAAAGGCAGUGGCUGCCUUAAAAAGAGGACAAUCAAUUUCAAACUCCUCCUCCAACAACGAUUCUUCCCUGGCAGACACGUAUCUCGAACAAUUGAACGAUCUAAGUUUAAAAGUACAUCAAGAAAUCCAAUCCAGCAACUCCGGCGGUAACCACACCCACUCCAAAAAUACUACAAUUAAAACUACCGAUACAGGGCUAGAAGUGUACUUCGCUCUGGCAAAAAUUAACGUCAACACGGUUCGUCAACAAUGGUCAAAGGGAAUUUUGAGUCUCAAAUUGUUUCAAAUUUUCACCGUUGACCUGGACCCUGGAUUAGAGCGACUUUACAACACUGAAGGUGUAACGCCACUUCAGUGUCAUGUCAACGUGCGUGAUAAGGUCGCCUUCUUCCAGGUCAAGAGGGCGAGAACGGACCUUCAAAUUAAAAUAUUUGAGGCCAAUCCCUUUAUUUUUUAUAAGCUCGAUGCCGGAAAGAAGGAAGGGUAUCUCCUUGAGUACAGAGGGCCACGAGAAGUUGCAUACGAUGAAGGUGCGGAUUGCAUCGUUCCAUACUCGGCCAACCAAGGGAGCGUCCUCUUCUACCCCACGGCGGACGACUGUCUUGUCCAUAAUGACAAAUCAGUCCUCAAAUACUGGACAAAAUCUUGUAAUUUGCUCUACUAUUUGGAUGAGCACGUCAUCCAGGUUAAACAAGUCGGAGAUAAUUACGCAAUCUAUUGCUUCGGCUUUAACAUAUUCGUGUAUAAGAACGUGUACGAAUGUCCCCAGUACGUUUUUAGCGUUCAUGUCAACGAAGGUUUUAAGAUUAAUUCGAGCAUUACGAUUGAUCGGGUCGUGCAGAGAUUGGAUUUUCAGGCUGGAUCAGCCCUACUUUCGGACAAGGUUAAUUUUCAUUUAAUCCCAAAAUUGGCCGAGUUGAGGAUGGACGAUUUCCCAAUUGGUGUGGGAUGUGGGGUUAAUUUGGUCUUGAUUUUGAGCAUUGUGGGAGGAUUGUUCGGUAUCUUGUUUAUCGGGAUGGGUGCCAUUGUGUGGUAUUUAUAUGUUAAGACUAAGGAUCCGAAUAAUACUGGGGUGGGCGUGACAAUUAUUCGAAAUUUGACCAUUGAUAGUAGAACACCACGAAAGAAGCGGUUAAAUCAGAGCGAAAGGAGUGCCGAGUUUGAAGAAUCAAUUAAGAAAAGACAAUCGCUCAAGAAUAUCCCUCAUAACUUGGUGCAUGAAAUGGUCGAAUUGUUUGAUUCCGGAGAUUCUAGCCGAAUUGAUGAUAUUGAUUAAGCAAAAUAUACAUACAUAUGCGUAAAAUAAGUUACUUUUGUUUAAUUGUUUUUAAUACUUUAUUAAAUUUUACAUAGAUAGAGUGAAUAUCAAAUUAUUUCCGUUGUGUCAAUUGACUCAUCAUUUGUGUACAUAGUUAUGCAUCUUCCCUUUUAUCUAGUAUUUUAUCUCUCACACGUACAUAUUCAUAUAUGUAUGUACAUACAUACGUACAUAUUAUGUACAGAAUGUAUGCACAUGCAUACCUCCAGUUUGUGAUGAGUCUCAGUCUUUACAUAAAGUUCAACUCUUUCACUUUGACAAGUCUACUUGCAUAAUCCACUAAAAUCAUUUUACAGAUUGAGAUCAUAUUACGUGUAUACCUGCAGAAGAGUCAUUUGAUCCCUCAUGAUGUCAAACUUACAAGUAUUGUUCACAAUUUUGAUAUUUAUCACUCUCACCACACCCCAGGUCAGCUCCAUUCUUCCAAAAGUCCACCCCAUUGUUUGGGGUGCGAGCAGUGACACCUUAAAAUCAGGCAACUCAAGGGCCAUUCUCAAGAUAAAGUUUGAAACUCCUUGCGUCAAAUUCUACACGGCAAAAAUAGUUCCCGACACUCUUCCCCACUUUACCGAAUGGUGUGACAAUGAAGCUCUCGAAAGCGUUAUCCGGCCUUUGGAAGAAAUGUGUCGCCCUUCUUUCGCCGGCGGCCCCUCUCCAGUUCCCGGAAGAAGAAAGAAACGCGGAAUCUUGGCCGGAAUUGUGACCGCCCUUCCCACCGUGGUCAGCGCCGUGUCGACCAUCGUCGGUCUAUUCUCAAAGCCCAAACCUCCACAAAAUGAUGCCGCAAUUAAUGAAAUUAUUUCCAAGAUUAAUGAAAUUUCGAAAAACAUUGCCCACUUAGAAGGUCGCAUAGCUGCCGGAGAGAAACGCCAAGCCGAGUUGGAGGCGGUAGUAAAAGAAUUGGCCGCCUUCUUGGAAAAAUUGGAUGCACGCAUGCGCGUCGUUGAGAUCGGGCUGGAAGAAAUCAAUUCCUGGCGGACAGAACUAACAGCAAGUCUUGGCUCUACGAUUACAUUAACGUCUAAAUUAGGUGCAUAUUUUACACAAGCUAAGUCGGACUUGAGCGAGGUCGCGCGAGACUGGCGAGAGGGACAUCUUAACCUCAAAUUAUUCGACGUAUUCAUGAUGGGCACAAAUUUCUCACUAAUCGACAUCUACAAAGGGAGUAAACCUGAAAAAUGUCACCUGAAUAUCUUAGACGGCGUCGCCACAUUCUCCUUUCAUAAAAACAACACAGAUUUUGGGGUCCAGGUCCUGCAAGCGUAUCCCUUCUCGAUGUAUGAAAUGGUGCCGGGCACCGACCUUGGGUGGCAAUUAGAGUAUGUGGGACCACGCCGAGCAGCCUUUGAUAAAAUAGCGGACUGCAUCGUCCCCUUUUCCGGAGGCCAGGUGGACGUCCUCCGAUUUCCUGGGGAGCAAGACUGUCUUCCAAUGAAUGACAUGUCAGUGUACAAAUAUUGGCAAAAGUCAUGUCGUCUAAUGUACUACUUGGACGAGACGGUGAUUCAAGUCAAAGCAGUGGAGCAGCUCUACUACAUUUAUUGCUACGGGUUUGAAGUCAGGAUUUACAAGUCCAAGUAUAAAUGUCCAAAUUACGUAUUUUCCAUUAAUAGUAAUGAGAAAAUUGAAAUUCUCAACGGGGCCAGUGUAGCUAAAACAUUGACUCCAGGAAACUUUGAAGCAGCGCAAGAUUUACACUCUACGAAAGCCGUGUAUCAUUUAAUUCCCAAAAUUAUGGCGUUGGAUUUCGAUACUUUUCCUGCUUCGAAUGAAUGUCCUAAAAGUAUGCAGAGCAACAAGGAACCUCGCACGGGAGAAAUUCUUGGGAAAAUUGAGGAUGAAAAUAAGGUCGACGUUGCUACAAAUCAAUCGCUUCUUUUGGGAGGAUUUGCUAUUAUUGGGGUCGUCCUGGUGUUGAUGGGAAUUGGUGGAAUGUUCUACAUCCGCCAUAAAACACGUCAAUCGAAACAGCAACAAGAACAACAUCAUCCACGCCAUUACGGUGAACAGGGAAUGGCUUUAAUGAUACAGAAUUGAUGAGUUAUGCAUAGAUGCUUACCUUGACCUUAAAUAAAUCAUUUUUUAUGUCACAAUAUAAAUUA